UAACAGUAACGUGAACUGAAUGCUCGUUAGAGAAUGACUGGACUACUUCAACUAAUGUUAUUGGUCAGCGCGACCAUGGCUUCUGAGCCAUCCUGUCCCACAUGUUCAAAAUACGACUAUGAUGAAAAGAUGCUCGAGAGAAUGAUCCGGAUGGAAUUCGCUUUUGAAAAAUUGUGCGAAAAAGUGGAUCUGAAUUUGAACAAUAUCAUAGCUGAGAAAGAACGUUUGCAUGCGGUAGUUGAUGUUAUGAAGGACCAGCAGGAGCAAGCAGAACGUAAAUUGGUUUCGCUGAUGGAGGAAGUCGAGAGAAACCAGUCAAGCACUCUGGACAAGGUUGUGACUGAUUCGAACAAAACGUUAGACCAAAUAAAUGCCGCCUUCAGUAAUAUCCAAGACAAAAUCGCUUCUCCACUGGUGUACUUCCACGCCCGCUCUCCACAGACCACCUACCUGUCUACAGGUGAGGUGAUCAUUUACAAGAAAGUGGAGACCAACCAAGCCAACGGCUACAGCGCCACCACGGGAAAGUUUACCGCUCCAGUACCGGGACUCUACUUGUUCUUCAUGCACACAUGUACGCACACAUCUAAACAUGCUUUUCUCCAGAUAGUGAAGGAGGGCUCAGUCCUCAUUGCAAGUAAUCGGUAUGAGACUAGCUAUUAUACCUGUUCGAGUAGUCAGGCGUUUGUUCAGCUUGAUGCCGGGGAAACUGUCUGGGUACAAUGCUCCUCUGGGAGCUCGAACAGACAACUGUUUGAGAAUCCUUCUUAUUAUUGGACCAGUUUUGGUGGUGCUCUCAUCCACAACUGACGUUCUUGGGUCAGUGUUCAUAAAAAACCAAAAUGCAUAAAACAAAUAAUGAAUGUGGAAUCGAAUUUCGCAGUGAUUAAUUUGUUAUUCUUAAACAAAUAUCUUGCCAUUACGUAAAUGAGUUUUGCUUUCACUUAUACCGUUAUAUUUUGCAUUGUUAUAUAUCGUCUGUGUACUCCGCCUGUAUGUUGUGUUCUGUAUACGUUUUCUUAAAAUUGACAACACAUACAUUAAAACGAAAUUAUUGUUUGUGUUAUACCUAAGAACGCAUAAUACGGUUAUUGUUUUCUUUGCGGUCUCAACACAUGUAUUGUUUCCCUUCAAUUCGUUGUUUAUAACCUUUUUCCAGAAUAAAUCAGUUUCAGAUUAUUUAUGAAAUAGUGAAUAU